UUGUGUUGACUCUCUGAUUCCGACGUGCUGCCGUCGUUAUACGUAGAGGCUUGUGCUGCCAAUAGACGUGGUGAGCAGAUCUGAGAUCGUGUGACGUGAAGCGGGCCGAUAGAUAAGCGAUAUCGAUUUUUCGGUUUAUUCUAUUCUUCCGUUGAAGGUUGAAAGUGUGCGAAAUUAGGCUGGAUGUAACACUUAUAGAAGACCAUACAAGACAAGUAGUGCGUUUCGAACGGAAGUGCUAGAUGUUGUUUUGAUUUUGGAACGUUUGGAAAUUUUGCUUUCGAGUGUGUGUUGUUCUGAGGAAGUGAGUUGGCUGAUGCGAGGAAGCAUCUAGCAGCCAGCCGGAAGCUGAAGAGGCCGCCAACUACUUAUAUAUGCUAAAAUCAUCAGGAAUGACUGUAACUCCGGUACGAAUGGCGAUGACCAGCCCGACGGUUCCCAUGCAACAGAAGAGCACUUCGCGGAUCAGUAACUUCAGUGUGGCAUCGCUACUGGCGGACACCCGACCGAGAACACCGUCCAGCGUGACGGCUGCGACGGAGAUCCUGUUACCGGCUAACCUAUCCCAUGCGAGUAGUUCUCCCCGAUCGGCACACGAUAGUGGUUCCAUUAAGAAUGACCUGGAUCGGUCGGACACCCCGCACAGUCUGCUGGAAUCGGAUGAUUACGACUCCAAUCAGGAAGACUCGAUUGUAGACAUUGAGGAUAUCAACAAUGAUAACAGUAGUUCCGAUCCUGGACAUCCGGAUAAGGGUUCGCCGGCUCUGCUGCAACAAUCGGCGGCUCUGGCAGCCGCGGGCCAUGUUCCUAUCCGACCUACACCCUUCAGUGCCCUGGCAGCGGCAGCAGCAGCUUGGGGUGGCAUGAGUGGCGGAAUGCCCUGGCAGGCGGCCGCAGCACGACAGAUGGGUCCCUUCGGACCGCCCGGUCUAUUUCCCGGCCAGGGUUUCGGCACGGGACAGCUUGGUGGAGAUAACGAACCCCCCCGCAUCAAGUGCAACCUGCGGAAGCAUAAACCGAACCGAAAGCCCCGCACGCCGUUCACCACCCAGCAGCUCCUCUCGCUGGAGAAGAAGUUCCGCGAGAAGCAAUACCUCAGCAUAGCGGAGCGGGCCGAGUUCAGUUCGUCGCUGCGGCUCACCGAAACGCAGGUGAAAAUCUGGUUCCAGAACCGGCGGGCCAAGGCGAAACGGCUGCAGGAAGCCGAACUGGAAAAGAUCAAGAUGGCGGCCCUGGGGCGGGCGCCGGGCGCGCAGCUCUACAUGGGCUACUUCCACCCCAGUCUGAUGGGCGGAGCGAUGCACCUGGGCUGA